AUGUAAAACUCAUAAAGCGAAUUGGGGCAACCUGAUCCCUGGUCCUUGUAUUUGCCGUAUGACAACAAAUACGAACUUCAAGGAUGUUGCUUCAAGACUAGACCUCAUUGGAGAGACAUGAAAGAUAGAACUAUCAUUACAAAUAUUUAAGAUCACGAAUUACCAGAUAACACAAUCAGAACCUGCAAAUACACUCUAUGGACAUUUCUUCCUUUGAACUUAAUGGAAUAAUUUUCAAAGAUGGCAAAUAUCUAUUUUUUGAUCGUCGGAUAUUUGGAAACUAUAGAUUUAGUAUCGAUUACUGAUGGGUAACCUGUUAUCUGGUUUCCUUUGUUUGUAGUCAUUGCAAUAUCAGCAUUUAAAGACUUUUUAGAAGAUCACAAGAGAUAGCUCUCUGAUCGAGAUGAGAACAAGCGAAUAGCCUUAGUGUUGACACCUUACGGAUUGGUUGAAAAGAAAUGGUAACAAAUAUUAGUGGGAGACAUUAUCAGAAUAGAGUAAGGUGAAUAUUUCCCUGCCGAUGUGAUAGUCGUCAAAACAAGUGAAAAAGGGUCUUGUUUCAUUGAAACCAAAAAUUUAGAUGGAGAAACCAACCUCAAAAUCAAAAAAUAACAUAAAGGACUUUAAUUCACCAGAAAUUUAAAUGAUUAUCUCUUACAAAAGGAGCACAUUCUUGUCCAUUACGAUAAACCCAACCCUUAUCUAUAUAAAUUCAAUGGUACAAUCACGAUGCCUCCUGAUCAUAACAGUGAUGGAGAUUAAAAAGUGUAUUAAUUAGAUGAAGUCAACUUUAUUCUCAGAGGGUGUUCACUGAGGAACACUCAUUGGAUAUAUGGCUUGGUUGUCUAUACAGGAUUUGACACUAAGAUCAUGUUAAAUUCAACUAAGGCUAGACCUAAGUCAAGCACAUUAGAAUCAUAGAUGAAUUUCUUUAUUAUUCUAGUAUUUUUUAUAUAAUUAGUAAUUUGCUUGUUCUCAGCUUAAUAUUCAGUGUUUUGGUAAUUAGAUAAUUUUAUGGAUAUUCCCUACUUGGAAUUAGAUGAGAAUGAUCUUUAAACUAACAUAGUCUUUAGAACAAUGGAAAGAUGGGGAACUUGGUUAUUGAUUUAUACUAAUUUUGUUCCAAUAUCUUUAUUAGUGACUCUAGAAAUGGUUAAAUAUUUACAAGGUAUGAUGAUAGAAAAUGAUAAAUAGUGUAAGUCAUAAAAUCAUAGAACUGAAGUGCAAACUUCGAAUCUAAAUGAAGAAUUGGGUAAUGUCAAAUACAUGUUCACUGAUAAAACUGGAACCAUUACAAAGAAUUUGAUGGAGUUCAAAACCAUAUCAAUACAUGGUAAAUCUUACGGGAAUGUUUGUAAUAGAAGUUAAAUCUUAAACUCUGAUGAGAUAACUCACAUGCCUUAAGUAACCAAUGUGGACUUUAGAGACAAACAACUAUUCAAUGAUUUGAAUUAGAAUGAUGACCACUCCAGAAGAAUAGUUGAAUAUUUUAUGCAUCUUGCUUUAUGUCAUACAAUAUUAGUGGAAUAUGAGUAAGGCAAAAUUAAGUAUAAUGCAUCUUCACCAGAUGAACUAGCUUUACUUAUGGGAGCAAAGUUUUGUGGAUUUGAGUAUAUAGGGUUGGAUGAUGGAAUGAUGAUUGUCAAGUAUAAAGAUUAGUUGUUAAAAUAUAAGUUAUUAUAAGUGUUGGAGUUUAGUUCAGCAAGAAAGAGGAUGUCUGUUAUCGUUUAAGAUUAGAAUGAUCAAAUUAUGUUGUUGUGCAAGGGAGCUGAUUCAAUGAUAAUCAAUUUGCUUGAUAAGUCGAAUAGAUAAAAUUAGGAGUUAUUGUCAAUCACAGAGUAACAUUUAGAAUAAUAUGCUGAAAAGGGAUUACGAACUCUACUGUUGGCAUAAAAAGAGUUGACCAAAUAGCAAUAUGAUGAAUGGAUUAAUAAAUAUCUCUUAGCAGGUUUAACCACUAUUAAUAGGGAGGAAUAGUUGCUAAGUUUAUAAGAUCAAAUAGAAACCAAUCUUGUAUUGAUUGGAGGAACCGGAAUUGAGGAUAAGUUAUAAGAUGAUGUUGGUAGUACAAUGUAGAAAAUAUUGAAUGCAGGAAUUAAGAUAUGGGUAUUAACAGGAGAUAAAUUAGAAACUGCUAUUAAUAUAAGUUAUGCUUGUAAUUUGUUAAAUGAUUCUCAAUAAAAAAUUGUGAUUUAAUCAGAUGAUUAAUUUGAAGCCUAGUUCAAAAUAAACUCGGGUUUAGAUUUAUUAAAAACUCAAUUCUAAAACCAUUCAACUGCAUUAAUCAUUUCUGGUGAUUCAUUAAUCCAUUUGGAUGAAAAGUAUCUCAUUAAACUCAUUGAAUUGGCCAAAUAAUGUCAUACUGUUAUAGCUUGCAGAGUAUCACCCAAAUAAAAGUAAGAAUUAGUGCAAUUAGUGAAGGAUAAUAUUUAUAAUAUUGUGACUAUGGCAGUAGGAGAUGGAGCCAAUGAUGUAAAUAUGAUAACAGCAGCCAAUAUUGGAAUAGGAAUCAAAGGAGUUGAAGGGAAUUAAGCAGCAAGAGCCGCAGAUUAUUCAAUUGGGGAAUUUAGAAUUUUACAAUAACUAUUACUCUAUCAUGGAAGAGAAUGUUAUAGAAGAAAUCAAGUUCUGGUUGGAUACAACUUUUACAAAAAUCUCCUUAUUGUAUUACCACACUUUUGGUUCUCAUUUUAUAAUGGAUUUUCACCUCUUAAUUUAUAUGAUCCUUGGCUUUAUCAAUUUUAUAAUAUGUUCUAUACGAGUGUGCCUAUAAUGAUUUAUGCAAUCUUGGAUUAACAAUAUUCAUCUAAAUUUCUGUUAAAAAAUCCAUAACUAUAUCAAACUAAUAAUAAAGUGACUCUGCUCACCUUCUUUUUCUGGUUUUGCUCUGGUGGAAUACAAUCAGCCAUUGUUAUUUAUGCAGUAUUUCCAUCGAUGGAGUAAACAAGCAUUGACAAAGAAGGAAGAAUCCUCUUUCUUUCAUCAGUAGGCAUGGCAGUAUUCUGUUAUGCAAUUAUAAUAGUGAAUCUAAAGGUCUUUGUCUUCUCUUACAUGAAUUCCAUAGGAUCUGUGCUAUCUAUUUUUGGCUCUAUUAUUCUGUAUUUGCUAACCUACAUGUUUUUAUCUUAAUUCACAGACAGAUUAGACAUUUCGCACACAUUCAUACAUUUGUUUUCUAAUAUCUAAUUUUACUUCAUUUUGAGUGGAAUACUGAUUUUAACAAUUCUAUUUGAUCUAGCAUUAUCAAGAUGGUCAAUAUUCUCGGAACAAUAACUCUUUGAAAUCCAUAGAGUAAGGGAUGCAGAAGAGCCAGCUUCAUCAGAGAAGUCAAGAUUUGGAAGCACUCCACCUUCAUCAUUAAUGCCUCCUGAUAAAUUUGAGAACUUAUUCUAAGAAGAAGAGGAUGUCUAUGAUGACACAUCGGUUCUUCUGCCUGUUAAGCCAGUCAAAACUAGGAAAUACACUGGUUAUGCCUUUGCUUAACAAGAGAAGAAGCUAGAUGAAGCCCUUAGGAAUGCAGAAAAUUGA